AUCCGGAAGCGAUCAUCGGUCGGGUAGUUGCCAUGGCAGUGGCCAGGCGCGUUGCUGGGCGGAGGAAAGAUGGCGGUGACUAGCUGGCUGGAGGUUUUGCGGUCGGCCGAGAAGACGGCACUGCUGCAGGAUGGGAAGAGGAUGGUGCACUAUUUGUUCCCAGACGGGAAGGAAAUGGCGGAAGAAUAUGACGAGAAGACCAGUGAACUCCUUGUGAGGAAGUGGCGUGUGAAAAAUGCCCUGGGAGCCUUGGGCCAGUGGCAGCUUGAAGUGGGAGAGCCAGUGCCCUCAGGAACUGGGAACCUGGGAUCUGAGCUCAUCAAGGAAAGUAAUGCCAAUCCCAUCUUCAUGCGCAAGGACACCAAAACAAAUUUCCAGUGGAGGAUUCGAAAUCUCCCCUACCCAAAAGAUGUGUAUAGUGUGUCUGUGGCCCAGAAGGAGCGCUGCAUCAUUGUUAGAACUACAAACAAAAAAUACUACAAGAAGUUCUCCAUUCCUGACUUAGACAGACACCAGCUUCCUCUGGAUGAUUCUGCACUAAGCUUCGCUCACGCCAACUGCACCCUGAUAAUCUCUUAUCAGAAGCCGAAGGAGGUCAUGGCGGCUGAGUCAGAGCUACAGAAGGAGUUAAAGAAGGGAAAGAUAAAGACAGAUGGAGCGGCCCACAGGGUGACCCUGGUGAAUGACACAGGCUAAGUAUGCAUGCUGAAGAAGCCCUGUUCCCCUGGCACAGCCUCUGCAGCUUUCUCUGUACCAGGAGUCACUAAAGGAAGUAAUGUCCCCUCUUCUCUCCUGCCCUUAACAGUUAAUUGAGCACCUUUUCUAUGCAAACUAUCACACUUUAGCAGAGAUUACAGAGACUUGAGCUGCACUGUAGAGCA